CAGCAGAGAUGGAGCAGAGAGGCAGAUCUUCCUGCUGCUCAUAGCAGCACGGCAGAGUUUAGUUUGAGGGAAGAAACCACAGCAAAGACGAGCUCUUUGCAUGUUUCUGGCAGCAGUUACACGCUCACAUUUACAUUUAAACUUCAUUGAACUGUGGAAGAAUCAGACUCGAUGCUCAACCUCGCUGAGAAGCCUGAACAGGGUUGAACUUCCUCACAUCCUGGCUGGAAAACAUGUGCUGACGUCGCUGCUCUGCUGCUCAACACACCGAGCUCGUCUGACCAUCAGUCCCAGCAGGUCUCAGGUUUUUACCAGAGACUCUGUGUCUCUGGUCUGUGAGGACGACAGCUCUGCUGGAUGGACGGUGAGGAGAAACACUACCACAGAGACCAGGACUCAGUGUGGAUCUGAGUGGGGAGAAGCAGCUGGUUCCUCCUGUAACAUCAGCUACAUGUUCCUAAGAGACUCUGGAGUUUACUGGUGUGAGUCCAGAGAGGGAGCAACCAGUAACAGCAUCACCCUCACUGUCACUGGUGGAUCAGUGAUCCUGCAGAGUCCUGUCCUCCCUGUGAUGGAGGGAGAUGACCUCACUCUGAGCUGUCAAUCAAAGUCUCCCUCCAACCUCCCAGCUGCUUUCUAUAAAGAUGGCUCCCUCAUCAGGACUGAGUCUACAGGUAACAUGACCCUCCACCAUGUUACCAGGUCUGAUGAAGGUCUCUACAGGUGUAACAUCAGCAGUCAUGGAGAGUCUCCACCCAGCUGGAUCUCUGUCACAGCAAAACCCACCACCACAUCUCCACCAGUAUCCAUUCCUCCAUCAUCUAUAUCUCUACCAGGUUCAACUCCUCCUCCAUCAUCUACAUCUCCUCCUCUCCUCUAUGUGUGGAUAUGUGUUGGUUUUGUGGUUCUGCUGGUGUUACUGGUUCUGCUGGUGUUACUGGUUCUGCUGGUGUUACUGGUUCUGCUGUGUAGACGACGUGUUGACAGGAAACCUGAAGCUGCUGGAGAUGAUGACAUCACAUACAGUGACCUCAACAUAUUACAUCAUCACCAACAGCCAAUCAGAUGCAGCAAAGAGACACAACCAGCUGCUGUCUACUCUGACGUGAGGACAGGAGACGUCACUUAUGGACCAAUAGUCAUCAGAGACAGUAAAGACAGAUCAGCUCAGAGAGGGAGAGAAGCAGCUGCUGUCUACUCUGACGUGAGGACAGGAGACGUCACUUAUGGACAAGUAAAGAUCAGAAGCAACAGAACAUAGACUUUCCACCAGAACCACAUGUCGUCUGGUCUUCAGUAAGCAACGCCACCAGUCCGACCAGUCGCCGGCCUCUAACUGGUCUACUCAGCCCAUCAGCCCAUCAUACAGUAGUAGCGGUUUAAAAGUUCCCCUGUUUCCAUGAUGGGUCCUUGACUGGUUCUUGACUGGUCCUUGACUGGUCCUUGACUGAUCCUUGGCCGAUCCUUC